AUGCAGGAGAAUCGCGGCACUGCUCUCUACGUCCUGCCCAUCUGCUGGACAGACCUCCACGCCCGUCUCCUUGGCGCGCAGUUCAUCCCUCGUGAUCCAGUCUUGACGCCAGUACCUGCCACGCCACCGCUGUCGAGCCCGACGAGGCGCGGCCUACACGUCCGCCCCUCGCAGACUGCCGCCGCCAUCAGUCGCGAACUCAAUUUACUCCUGUCGCCCGAGACGUCGCGCCUGUUCUGCAAAUACCGCGCUAUCAAGACCAUCCUGUCCACCUUUUAUCCUGCCACCUUGUCGAAGCCCAGGAGUUCGUCUGAGCUCGACCUCUACUUUGGCGCUCGCGUCUUCCGCAAAGCUGUCCGCGUCCCCGUCUUGUGGAGACAGACGGAGCAGCCCAAUGCCUCGUUCGACUCGGCCAUCACCCAGCCGGCGGCAUCGUUCGGAAGGAUACCAACCGCAGCCUCGGAGCUCUUCGCCAACGAUUCACAAGCGAGCUGCAGGAGCAGUCAGACUGCCCCAGAUGCGCCCAUGCUAGCUUACAUCAAUCGAAACCAGCUAUCCUUGGUCCGUCGGCAUCUGUUCCGCAUCUCGAUGGGGCCCGAAGAUGGGGACCGCGCAAACACUCCCGUCUCGAGGUUACAAUACCUGCGUUCCAAGGCGCUGUUCCCUGCAGAUGUUGACCAAGACGCCCACUUUGUUGGCAUUUUGCUGGCGAUGGCCCAGGCUCACUUUUACUCGCAGCCUGGAUCCAGAAACUCUUCCCAAUCCUCGCGGUCAGCCGGCGCAAGCGCCAACAACUCUCAGCCUCUGCCCACCUUCCGCGAGGUCACAGUGCGACUCUUGACACAUGACGACGACGCGGCCGACUUCAUCGUCUACUCCGCCACAGUCUCUAGCGCCUUCUUACAGCGCUUCUCAGAGCCGUCAAAGGCCCCGAUAAUAGCUGACAGCACGACGGAGGGGGGUAUCAAGAUCGACUAUACUAGGGUUCCUAUCUGGCCUAUUCUCGGCCUGAAGGAGCGGCUUGGCAAGGCCCUCGGUCACGAUAUUGCGGGCGACAUCAUCGAGGAUAGCCACAUUUUUGACGAACACUGCGGCUCGCAGGCCGAAGAGGAGCACCAAGCAACACCAGUAGAGCAAGAAGCGUCUCGCAACUUGAAACGCAGCAUUGCUCAAUGCGAAACGCUGUCCGAGGUGUUGACCAGCAGCUUCGAGGUUCGGGAUGAUGACAACAAGGGGGACAACAGCAGUGGCGAUAGCCCUGCGGUCAGGAGGGUCGGUUCGCUGUCGCCGGCUGCGAAGAGGAGGUGUUCCUCCGCACGGGCAAGGUCUCUAGAGGUGUGCUAG